GGGCUGUCCCCAGCCUUGCUCCCUACCUCUGCCCCGCCGCUCCUCUCCCUUGAACUCCCUCCUUCCCCAGCCCCCCAAGAGAAGCCCCAGGUGCCUGGGCUCCCGGGAAGCAGCGGGAGCCCUUAGAGCAGUUGUGGAGCGCGGGCAGGGGGGCUGCCCUGAGACCUUGCAACAUCUGCAGCAGAGCCUCUCCUCUGCGGGAACUGUUGUGAUCUAGCUGAAAGCAGGCUGGCUGAGAAACGCCUCUGGAUGCCAGAAUGUAUGCAAAUAAGUCCAGAAUGCUGAAUCUGUAACAAGAUAUAUUGGAAUGAUACUUAUUUGAAAAAAGAAGUCAUUCUAACUGACGUAUACAUAAUUUAUGCUGUCACUUUGAAGUUGACUAUAUAAUGACUGAUGCAAGGAGAGGUGGAAGCAAGGGAGUUCCUGCUACAAGAGACAACCACCCCAAAAAAAGUAAACCUAAAUUUCAAGGAUGGUGACCACCCCCUUGGCAUAUGUCAGGAAAAAUACAUAGAAGACAGCUAAAUAAAGACUAAGCAAAACAUGAUAUCUUCAUUGUGGUUCAUUUGCUGUAUAAUUCCUUUUGUUUCUUCAUUCAAUGCUGAACAAAGCAAGCUGUCUAGUCACUACGUACUUGUAGGAGAGCCUAUUGCUAUCGGUUGUCAAAUAGCUAAAAUUCAACCACUUCACUCUGACUACAAUCUGACUUGGUAUAGAAAUGGUAGUGAUAUACCAAUAACUACAGAGACACAUUCCAGAAUCCAUCAGCAAGAUGACUUGCUUUGGUUUAUUCCUGCAACUUUAGAAGAUUCAGGACUUUAUGAAUGUAACAUAAGGAAUUCUAACAGCUCUGACAAAGAAUAUCUACAGCUAAAUGUUUUCAAGAACAAUGAUGGUUUAUGUUUUAAUGGAGAAACUAUGUAUAAACAAAAAGUGUUUAUGUCAAUUGGUGGAAAGAUUACAUGUCCUGAUCUGGAAUAUUUUUAUGAUGAAAAUAAUACUGCACCUGAAAUACAGUGGUAUAAGGAAUGUAAGCCUGGAUUACUGCAGGACAACAGAUUUCUUUCUUCACUGGGUGAUAUCUAUCUUAUGAUUAAUAAUGUAACUAUGCAUGACAAAGGAAACUACACGUGCAAGACAACAUAUACUUAUAUGGGAAUACAACAUAAUGUUUCACGAACCAUUUAUGUAGACGUUGAAGAGGGCCCAAAGAAGACACCACCAAAGUUUAUUUAUCCGAAAAACCAUUCGAUUGAAGUAGAACUUGGAUCUCAUGUCAUCAUGGACUGUAAUAUAUCCAGUAGCAUAGGUACUUUGAAUCCAUACUGGCAAGUCGAUGGUAAGGAUGUUAAUGAGUUUGAUGGUACCUACGAGGAACAAUUCUAUGAAAAACCUUCCCCGGGAGGUGGUUUUAUAAUUGGAGCAAGAUUCAACAUUUCAAAAGUGAAAAGUAAGGAUUAUUCUCACAAGUUUUUCUGUUAUGUUUUGCAUCCCUAUGGCGAAGCUGUAGCAUACAUUGUACUAAAAGACCCAGCUUCAAACAUUCAGGGUUACUUGAUUGGAGGACUUGUUUCACUGGUAUUUGUAAUAGUUGUUGCUGUGUUUGUCUGCAAGCUACUCAAGAUUGACAUUGUGCUUUGGUAUCGGAACUCCUGCCAUCCUUUUCUGAGUAAAGAAGUUUCAGAUGGGAAGAUCUAUGAUGCAUAUGUGCUGUAUCCAAAAAACAGAGUAAGCUGCCUCUACUCACCAGAUAUCUUUGCACUAAAGAUAUUACCUGAGGUCUUAGAGAGACAAUGUGGAUACAAUCUCUUUAUAUUUGGAAGGGAUGAUUUACCAGGACAAGCUGUGGUCAAUGUCACUGAUGAAAAAAUCAGCCAAAGCAGAAGAGUGAUAAUUGUGUUAGUACCAGAAUCAUCCUGUUAUAGUGUGUUAGAAGAUAUCUCUGAACAGCAACUGGCUGUGUACAAUGCUCUUAUCCGUGAUGGAAUUAAAGUUAUUCUAAUUGAACUGGAUAAAAUAAAGGACUAUACGAACAUGCCAGAAUCGAUCAAAUAUAUUAAGCAAAAGCAUGGGGUCAUCAGAUGGAAAGGGGAAUUCACAGAGAAAUCUUAUUCAGCAAGUACAAAAUUCUGGAAAAAUGUACGAUACCAAAUGCCACCCAGACAAACUGUCUCUCCUUCAGAACUACAGUUACUACAAACAGCCUUUAAUUCUCCACAUACAAGAACGUUAGAAAGAUGACACCCAAGUUCAGUUUUAACAGCUGUGAGCAGCUCACUUCAACUGCUUUUUAAAUGGUUCGUUGUAGGAUACCCAUAUGUGUUAUACACUGGCCAUCUCAUUUGGAGGCUUACAGGAUUAAAGACUCCACAACAUCAUCAUGGACAGAUUUGAAAAACUGAUCAUCCAUUCCCCUGAGCAGAUCAACAGAACACUCUGAAGCAUUGUUUUAAUGUUGCAGUGGCCUGUAACAAGAACUGCAGGACUUCUUGAAGAAAUACACUUUUUGUAAGGAAAACAAAAAGCAUUUUUUGCACUUUUAAAGACAUAUUUUGUUCUAAAUAGAAAAAGCAUGACAAUGAAGGAAAUAGUGUUGUUAUAUCCUGACUUUUAUAUGAUGGGUUUAGGUCUGGAAAACUGUAGUUUUGAAUGAAACAAUUAAAACUCUAGUUCGUUCAUGUGUUGCAAUCUAUUAAUUAUGGACUUAUUCAAUCCACUACAAGAAGAAUCCUUAUAUUACAUCAUGUGGUAUCGUCCAAGGGGAGAGGUGAGAGGGAGACCUAAGACAAGAAGGGCCCGUUAAAGAAUUGAACCUUUUUUCAGCGUUCCUUUCUAGAGCAACUCUUGCAGUAGCUGAUUCUGUAAGGCGAGAAACAUUUUUAUUAUAAACCAAUGUUUUCAAUCUUAACUUCAAAAAAAUCCUCUUGGGGCUGAAGCUUAUAAUGUUUGCUCUUUGCAUUUUUUAAUGUUUAAGGAAAAUCUAUUCAGAUGAUUGAGUUAACUGAUAAGUAUACAUGUACAUUAUCCCACUCCGAACAAAAAUCAGAUUUUUUGCACACUGUCAACUCAAUUGGCCAAAUAUUAGUGUCAUUUGUAACUGGCUGUUUUUAAUUCAUCAUGUACACAACGUAAUUGCUGAACUAUUGUGCUACACUUGAGUUUUUGUAUGUAGAUAGUAGUGUAGUUUGAAAUCUGUGGAGCUGUACAAAUGUCCUAGUACACAUUCCAAAGUGGAGCAGCUAGGAUUUUCUCUCUCCUUUGUUUUUGAGGGGAACCUUCCUGCCCUCCAAAAACCUGUUAACAUAGCAUUAAGGUUGUACAUUUAAAGAAUAAGGAGAUACAGAAGUUAAUUUUCCCACGGCAAUAUUAAAUUGCCCACAUUUUACAUAUUGUAUAUCUAGAUUUACAUUUUAAGUCAUUAGAUUUAAUGUUGUGUGCAAUUUUGGAGUCUUGUUGCUUGACUACUAAAAAUGGACUGUGUACACAUUGUCAGACAGAUGUUUUGAAAACCCCUGAUCUCUGAAUUUUCUUGAAUUGAUGCUCAAAUAUUUCCAUGAAAAUCUAUAAAUUACUCAGGCUUGAGUUAAAUAUUUUCAUAUACUGAUUACAGUAUGAUCAUUCUGACAUUCCUUGCUUUAAAACUGUCCAUUAACUAUAUUUUGUCAAGGAUCAGGAUACCAAUUCUGAAGAAGAUGCCAAGCUUUAUUGUUGACCUACUUUAGAAAAAAUGGGUAAACUUGCACCUCUUGAAGGGUUAAUUUCUUUACAAAGCAUUAACCCUUCGUUUUGACUAAUAUGAUGAUGAUGAUGGUGAAUCAAGUAAUUGCAAGUGGUGAUAUGGGCAACACUUGUUUUUCUGGGUUCUAUUUCCAGUUCUGCCACUGGCCUACUGAGUGAAUGUGGGCAAGUCACUUCACCUCUCUGUGCCUCAGUUUCCCAAAGAGUCAAAUGGCAAUAAUACUUGCCUCUUUUGUAAAGUGCUUGGAGAUCUACUGAGGAAAAGUGCGGGAUAAGCUAGGUAUUUUAAAUUUGAAUAUGUAUUGUAUCAUAAAAGAUGCAUCAGAAACUACCGUGGUAUAUUUUGUCCUAUUAAAGUUUUAUAUUGAAUUUA